AUGGAGGAUUUCGAGACUGAUGCAGUGAGAAACAUCAUGUCGAAAAUAUAUCUUACCAUGCAAGAAAAUAAUGAAGACGCCCUACCUCAUGCAGAAGAGCCAGUCCCUGAAAAGAUAAUUCAUGCUUCUCCAGAACCACCACGAAGCGAAAAUCCUCAAAAAUCCACCAAAAAAAUCAGGGCCUCAGAUUUUAUAAAAACAACUUAUCUACGAAUGCAAAAUAAGACUAAAAAGUCUCAAGAAGAUUUCAAGAAAGUAAAGAAGCAAGUUGACAAAGAAAGAUAUGAAGAAGUUAAAAAGGCUCCUGAAAUAAAUAGCAAUUCCAAAAAAAUUGUAGGAAAAAUUGCCCCAAUUCAAGACAGAGUAUCGGAAAUGCUUCAGGAAAAGGAAAGGAAAAUAUCAGAGCUUAAAACUAAAUUAGAUCAAGAUAAAGAAGAGCUCCUUAAAAAAGAGCUCACAUUCUCACCUCAAAUUCAUGGAAAAUCUGAUAAGCCGCGAUCAGCUUUAGAGUUUUAUAAAUACAACGAGGAUUGGGCUAAUAUGAAUAAUGUCAAAAAAGCUAUGAAAAAAGACGAAUUAGAUCAGAAAAUGAAGCAAAUAUUUAAAUUCCAUCCUCAAAUUGAUCAAAAAUCUGAAAAAAUUGUCCAAGAAUCAGGAGAAAAAAGACCUCCAGAAAUAAGACUUUUAGAGAGAUUCGAACGUUCAAAAAUUAAGAUAAAGGAAAUGCAGCAAAAUAAAGAAUACUCGUUUUCUCCUGUAAUUAAUAAAAAACAUAGGCAGCUUGCAAGAACAAAUUCUGCGCAUGCAGGAAUUUUAACAAAGUUAUGCACACUCCCGGAGAUCAAGGUGCCAACUUCAAAAACGCCAAAAGGCACAAAAAGCAAAAUGUUCGACUUUAGCCCUGAAACAAAGAGCACUGAAGUGUCAGAGCAGCCUGAGCCAAAACAAACAAUUAAUUUUGAUGAAUUGUUUGAUCUUAGCUAA